GAUGCGCGUGCGCUGACUGCUGCGUGUUGUACGAUCGCAGCGCUUUCGAGAACGUUUGCUUGUUGUCGUCUCGUUCACCAGAGAACAACGUAUAUCUCGGCAUCCCGACACCUCUGCUGGGCCCGGUGCUUGACGCCGCCAUGGAGCGCGUUCAGCGCGUGUAUGAGCAAACUUUUUGGUCUAUACCCGAAUCGUUCGUCUUCGGCCAGGCAGCGCAGGCAUUGGCCAAGCGCGGUCAAAACAUCGAUCAAAUAACUGUGUAUUGGGGGCCGGGCGGCGUCGGCCUAUCCCUCUACACUUCGCGCUUGCACGCGAUGUGCGGCGAUGAGAACCACAAGUUCUUUGAUCCGAAUAUAUUUUUCCAGGACGAGGAGAUGCGGAAGGUGGUGGAACUCUUGGUCGGCGGCUGCAUCUUCACCGGCCAGGAGCGGCCCUCGGGGCAGAGGAGUAGCAUGCGCCAGGACUUGCUCAAGAAGUUCGCCACGGCCGACACCAUCGCGGGGAGACUGCCGUACUCCAUCUUGACGAAGAUGUACAGGAUCAUCGGGUGGAAGCGCAUGGAGGUAAACCAGUUCUUCACUUUCGACAACGUCAACGAGCACAACCUGGAGUCUAUUGUGCGCCGCAUCGCCAUCAUCAAGAUACAGUCGCGGUUCUUUGACAAGCUCUACGUUGAUAAGAUUAUUCUCACCGACCCGAGCAGAUACGGCAUCUUCGCGCGCGAUCCCGACGCCAGGGACUUCAUGAUUAGCGGGGCCGCAGUUGCGGCAGGCCAUAAGAUUCAGUACGCGUUCGAGGUGGAGAACGGGCCCGAGGCGUGCAGAGACAUUUUGGUGAACUACACGAAGUGCGGCGGUGACCAUGGAGUAACCGAGACAUACGUCAGGAUCGCUUGUCAUAUCAAGGCGGACAACGCUGCGGAAUCAGCGGCGAGCGCUGUCGCCGAGGGCUUGGUUGACCCGCCGUCCCAGGACGGCCAUUUGCCGAGUUCGCCGAUACUCCUUCUCAGCAACCAUUUGGUGAAGGAGCUGCAGCGGAAAGGAUUGAACUACUUGACUUACAGCGUGUUCCGAGCGUCUGCAACACCUCCCGGCGCUAGGCUGAAGGGUAACAAAGAAGAACAAUGGGAGUCGUUGAAAGGCAGCGACUUGUGGAUCGACGUCGGUUCCAAGGGCAAGGCGGAAGAUCGUCUGAUUCCGCGCGUCAAGACUCAGAGAGACGCUUCGAUUCUUUGUUCGCGGCGGCCGCCAUGCUGCGAUGCGAUAUACCCGGAGCAUUGCGACGCAUCGGCGCUGGAGGCAGCGCGGUGUACAUCCAGAUUGGCCAACGAGAAGACUUUGGCAGGCGCGUUUAACGCGCUCGCAUCGGCGAUUGCUCCUGCGCGGGGGCGGCCAGCGAAGGGCGUCCUUGAGAGGAUCGAGAGUUUGGAUGAGAGGGCACAGAAGAUUUUGUCAAUGACAGAGACGUCGCAGCGGCUGCUUGACCGGAGUAAGAGGUCGGCCGACCUCGAGGUUAAGAGAAGGAAGUUGGCCUCGAAGCAGCCGAGCGUUGAGAAGUCUCCAACCCGCCAUGCUGGAUGGAAAGAAACAGUCCCGCUUGACAGCUUCAAGAGCUACAGGCGCGCAGUGGAGUGGCCGUCUCGGCAGUGCGUCAACGAGGAGCUCUCGGCGCAGGCCAUGGACCAACGAUUACAGCACGUGGUUUUUUCGAGCACUUUCGAUUUGGAUUUCGUGAACUGCGUUUUUUGUUUAUUGGCGCAGAUCAUUGAAAAGUUGGGGAUCAUUGACGCUCAGCUUUUCGCGGACGAGAUUGCUGCGCUACAGCGCGUUCGCGCAGAUCGAGAGGGCGUCUGCAGGUUGGAGUCUGAAAGCCGCCCGCGCUUCCUCGGUGCUUUGGCGAGCGAAGAAGCUUGGGCGAGCUUUCCUCUGGCUCCUGAUAGGGGCGUCUUCAAAAUGUUGCCGUUCAAGGGCAAGCAAGUCUUGAUCAAGCUGAUAUGCGGCGGCGCUUUGCCGAAGGAGUUGUCCGAGAACGAGUUCGCCAAGAUGCUGGUGAGAACGGCGCGUUUCCUGCGUUGGCUAGCCGUGGGGCUGUACCCGGAGCAGUUCAAGCUCCUAGAGUCCGCGCAGGACAAGUGGUCAGAGGCAUCGCUGGCCAGCUACAUGCGGCAAGGCGUUGAGGAUUAUUGUUUGGAGCAGUGGGUCGACUUUGUCAUGGAAGAGAAAGUCAGUCGCGUAUCUUUGCAUUUCGACGGCCUGCGCGUCGACAAGGGGCGCGUCCUUUUGAGCCAGGCGGGCGGCGAUGCGCAGGCCACGGCAGUUUCGGACGCAGAGAAGGUCAAAUCCUUUUGCAAGAAAUCUGAGGAACGGAUUCUUGACACUGCGGGUUAUUCCGUAAGCAUCAGGAACAAGGAGAGAUAUUAUGUUAUUGAUCUUCUCCGUGCGAGCGCAUUUGACGUUGAGCCUGCAGAUGCGCCGAGCGACGUCGAGGCGCUGUUCUCUGCCGGCAAUGGCAUCUUCUGCGCAAUGGCUGCGCUCGCGGGCAACUGGUCGGAUAUGUCGACGAAGGCCGCUGCCGCCGCAACGCCUCCCAGCGCAGCGGCGGCCUCGGCGGCCUCGUCGCCGCUGUUCUGGGCGCCGCCUCGGCGCUCGUAUCGGACAUGUGCGAGAGCGGCCAAUGUGAAGCUGUUGCCCGUGGAAGUGCCACAGGAAAGUUGUCCUGGGCUAUUCUUAGUGCACUGCGAGCCAGACGUUGCGCCGCUUUGCGUCGGCAUCGACGUGAAACAGCGUGGGCCGCACAAGUGCUACGUCGGCAGGGAGCGCUGGAGUCUGCCGGCCGGGGCGCUGGACGAGGCGGUGUUGGCGGCUCUCGAUCGGUGUAUGGUAGUGGCAUUUCAGAUGAAGCCCGCCGAUCGAGAUGACGAAGACCAUCGAGAUAGUUCGCUGGAUGGCGCAUUGGAUUUAUUUGCGGGCGCCGGCAUCGAGGACAAUGUCGCCGCCGUCUGCCGCGCGCGCAGACGCCGCUCGCUCGCGGCGCGCGUCGCCGCAGGUAGCCCGAGCUCAGACCGCUCUCUGUCGCCGCCCUCGCCGGCCAGCCCAGCUGCGCAGCGGGGGGCGGCAGCUCUUCGCGAGCUCGGUUGUUCAAUUCGCGGCAUCGUGCAUUUUGACCGGCGACGUCUGACGUGGCACGGCAACUGCAUCCCGUUCGGCAUUGCGGCGCUCACUGGCGAUUGGGAUGGCGUCAUCGCAGCUGCGACUGUGGAUUCGGACGAGAACGCAGCAGCUAUGGCGAGCGGCCUUCGUCGAUAUAGUGACUGCGCCAAUCUCUUUGGCGUUUCAUUGCGGCCAGUGCCGACGACGGCGGUGGAGACACUUGGCCGAUUUCUUGUUCACGGAAAAGUUGCAGGCAGAGAACAUUGCGCAGCUGUCGAAGUAUUCGAGCACGGCGGCAGCAUCUUACACUCAGAAGGGUUAUCUUGGGACGUACCUCGAGGUUGUCUCGACGCUUGCUUGCGGAUUAUCCUCGACUUCGGCGUCGAGGCGGCGUUCGCUCUCGGCGGCGGGCAUUCGUCGACCCUUGGCGAUGACGUCGCUGCACGCGACGCCAUGGACAUGGUGGCCGGAGCCGGCGUCGAGGAGGAGGGGGCCGUUGACGUCGCGAACGCCGACGACGAGCACGCCGAGGAAUUGGAUGGCGAUUCAUGCGUGCGCGUGCAUGCGAAUCUCUUGCAGCUACUACGUGACGAGGUUACUGACUUCGAGAUGAUCGUGAAGUCGCUCUCUCGCACAGGCGCCACGAAGGACGGGAAUGGGAGCCGUUCAAGGUGCUUGCUUUGCCCAUUCAAAGAGUAUUAUACUUCGUCUGUAAACGUUAAGAGGGAUCUCCUUGCGCAUAUCGCGAAUCACCACGGCUUGCACAGAAAAUGCGAGAAUGGUAGAGAUCGUAAGAUGGGAUCAGGUCGGUACGUUGCUUCAGGCACUAAGCAGUGGAAAGUCAUCCAGGCGUUGUUUGACGUCGACAUGUUAUCAAAGCAUCAACCGAAGAACUUGCUGCAGCGCAGUGCCGAUCUCAUGCGGCGGUCGGUGAGCCCGCCGUUGCGGUGUCUUGGUGUUGACAAGCAGAUUCGGCUGCUCCUUGACCACGACGGGCCCCGGUUUGUCAACUUCGAGGUUCUCGCGAGAGAUGGCGCGCUCCACGCCAGGCGCGUGGGAAACACGUACUACACGAAGGAGUUCGCCGAGCUCGUCUUCCGCGAAUCCAUCUUGCACGAAGGUCGAGUGCGCCCGAUGAGGGCGAGGAUUGUGACGCGCUUUAAGGAAGCCGGCAGUUGCGUCACGCCCCUUCUACCAGGAAAGGUCGUUCAGUGGUUGUCGUUGAUGGAGGACGUAUUCUCGUCUCCGUUCGUAGAGGAAUUGCGAACCAAUCUCAUGGGCGAGUUGGUUGAUAAUACAGAGUUUGAGCACGUUUCGUUGGAUGCAACUCUGCGCGCUGCCAUGCGCGUGAAAGGCCAGGCGAACUACAGGGAACCGGCAGAGAUUCGAGCGGCGGCGCCGUUUCCAGACGGCGUUGCCAAGAGGCGCAUUUUGACAGCCAAAGGUCGCACGUCAGCCGCCAUUGGUAUGUGGCCCGUGGCCAGCGAAGCGGCAUCCGUCGUGAAGGCGGCUCUUCGAAAUCACUUGCCCGAGCGAGCUCUCCAGCAGUGCGUCUCAGUGGCAUCGGAUGAUCCGUCGGCGACAUUGUUUGCAGAGCUCAAGCAAAUCAUGCCUCAGCUCAAGUUUUUGUGCCUAGAUCCUGUUCAUCUCGCAAUUGUGUAUAAUCAGGCGCACUGGCGGAAACAUUCUCCGGGCCAGGCAGUUUUGCGAAUCAUUUUGAAUAAUUUCAAUAAAGUGAGCUCAGAUUUAAAUGGCGCCGCGUGGGGCGCCCCUUACACGGGCCACCAGGCUAGCUCGCUGUCUGCCGCCGAGGGCCGCGCGCAGUCGUUGAUAGCCGGCGGCGGCAUGCAGAAGCGCCGAGCGCACAAUAUCAUUGCAGAUCUCGACGCCAAUGAGCCAUUCGUGAGAAAACUUGAGUUCAUCGAGGCAUUGGCGGCAUUGACGUCCGUCUACUGGGAAGAAGUGGACAGGCGCACCCCCGCCGCGCCAAGCAAGAAGCUGGCUGAUGUAAUAGCGAAUGCCGCGCAGCACAGUCGACGCGAGUAUCUUUUUAAUAAUUUGCGCAUGCGGCACUCGCUGCCGGCUCGCGCGCUGCCAUUGCUCGGUUCGGGCACGAGCCCAAACGAAGCGCUGCGUAGCGAGAUCAACAGGUGGUUUAAGAACCAGCCGGAGUUGUACGCGCAGACUUUAGAGCUCCAGCUCGGCGUCAACGUAAUCGGCAAGCAAAUGAUGCAUAAUUCAGCUAUGUACGCCCCCACUCUGCGCCAGCUGUCUUCGCAAACUGUCGCAGCUAGCGUGGUCUGCUCGUUUGCGAUAUCCGCCGCCGAGUGGGCAAAUCAUUGCGCUUCUCAGGCGCAGGAGCAGAGGGCGCCGCGGAAAGCGCAGCUUCCGCUGGCGCUGCAGCGCAAAGCCGCUGAGCCCCUGGCGAACAAGUGGAAGGUGGAUCACGAGCGCAUGGUUGUUGCGCGCAAGCCAGCAGGGCAACAACAAUUCAUUCGCACCCUGAAGCGGCCGGGCGCAGCCAAGCAGCGCAAGCGCAC